GAAGAAGAAGAAGAAGAAGAACAGAGUCGACCGUCAAAGAAGAAUGCAACAUGGCGUCGCUCGGCAGUGACGAGUGGAGAGCUGUCUGCGACAAAUUCAGCAACGCCCAAAACUUGACAGAUGUGGAAUCACGAAAGGACCCAGAGAACGAGCCGUUCCGCUCCAAGUACAAGGCCCGGGAGCUUCUCCGGGAGAUUUACUCCUCGCUCAAGUGUUUUGCAGCGGGCGACGGGGAGGAGGAGCGGGACGGCGGCGAGCAGCGGCCGACGGAGCAGCCGGUGGACGGGCAGAGGGAGGAUGUGUUCGGCCAGGGCGUCAGCGGCGACUCGCCCGCGGGGCUGCGGGCAGCCAAACUCGGGGCCGUGGAGUACUACCUUGGCGUCAACCACGUCGACACGGAGGAGCUGUCCGCCGGAAGGGAGCAUCUGAUGAACGGCACGAAGCUGCUGGAGAGAUGCAGAGUGUCGUCCGACAACGUGUCGUUGUUUAUCCACGUCAGGAACCAGUUGGGCAUCCUUUGGGCAGGCCUGGAUGAGACGGAGACGGCUCAGGGAUUCCUUGAAACGGCAGAAUCCAUCUACCAACGUUACAUGAAGGAGGAUGGGACCCCUCCCACUGAUAUGACAGAGUACUUCACGACUGAGGAGAAGCUGCUGACACACCAGGAAAGGACCAAGAGGUUUGAGUUGGCCUACACCCAUACCAUGUACUACCUUGCUCAAGUCUAUAAAAACCUUGGUCAAAAUGAGCGUGCUGCCACCUAUUGUCACAGUACCCUGCAGAGACAGUUAAAGUUAAAUCAGUUCAGUCCAAUGGAGUGGGCACUGAACGCUGCCACACUAUCACAGUAUUACAUCACGAAGGGCCAUUACAUGGAAGGCAGACAUUGCCUCUCGGCAGCUACUGUCAUAUCCGGUUUGGCAGGAGAGGUUCCUUCUGAGGCUGCAGCACAGGAAAGUGAGACGGAGAGUGAGCGUAGGGAGCAACUCCGACAAAAGAGAGCAGAUAUUGCAAGAUGUUGGAUCAAAUACUGUCUCAACCUCCUGCAGGAUGCGAAGAAGCUUCUUGAGGAUAACAUUGGGGAGCUGGAUACUGAUCGUCAAGAAGAGUUGAAGGGAGCAAGAAGGCGUGAGGAGGAGGAGGAAGAGAAGGGCAGAAAGAAUGCUCUGCUGUUUGGCUCUGAAGACACCUUCGACUCCAUCGCUAGCCUGGAAGAAAAGGUGUCCUGUUUGAUCCCACUGGAUUUCACUGCGGCCAGAGCUGUAUUCCUCGUGGGGCAGAAUUAUGUCACACAGGCCAAGGACUACUUUCAGAUGGAUGGAUUUGUGACGGACCACAUAGAGAUCCUGCAGGACCACAGUGCUCUGUUCAGGGCCCUCGCUUUCUUUGAAGAGGAUCUGGAGCGACGCUGCAAAAUGCACAAACGAAGAGUUGAUAUGUUGGAACCAAUCUGCAAUGACCUAAACACCCAGUACUACCUAAUGAUCCGCAGACAGUUGAUGUUUGAGUUGGCAGAGAGCUACAGUGAAAUGAUGGACCUGAAACUGACACUGGCCAAUAGACAAGCAGAUACACAGUCGCUAGAUAGCCACACCAUUAAGAAAUUCAACCACCUCUGCUCUGCCUCUACCAAGUUCUUCCAGAUGUUCCUCGACUCUCUAUGUUCACCAGAAGGGAAAUUUCCAGAGCACCUGGAGGAGGAGGUGCUUCGACCAGCUCUGGUGGCGCGCUUCAGAGUGGCCCGACUACACAACCGACUGAUCAGCUCUACGCCCUCUGAUCAGCUGGACAACCUCAACAAGUCUCUAGAAAGCUACAAAUACGUGGUACAGUAUUGUGAGGCCCACCCUGAGGCAGCAGUUGUCGUGGAGACAGAGCUGGAGCUGAGUAAAGAGAUGGUCGGCCUACUCCCUCUCAAAAUUAACCGCCUCAAAGCAAGGAUGGCGACGAACAACUGAAGGACGACACUGUUCACCGACUGACUUGUUGAUGUUGACUAAUACCAUUAAAUCCGUCAGGAUGAGAUGCUUGUUUCAAAAUUUAACACAUUAUUGUCAAUGGACACUUCUAACAGUUACAGAAACUGGAUGGUAGAUGAACUGACCUUGCUUACUGUAUUUGUGUUGGUGAUGAUGUCAUGUUGGUUUUUUUCCAGUGAGCAUGCUGCUUUUACAAGACCAUUGAACACAUUACACACUUUGCAUUUGUGAUAUAAUCCGUUUAAAAAGUUCUGAUCAAAAAUGUCUUCAGCUGCUUUAUGUCUCUGAUAGUAAGAUAGUGGCUUACUAUUUCCAUGGUUACUUUAGCCAUGCUAAUAACAGUAGCCAGCCAGCAGUACAGAUGGCGUUCACUUUGUACUACUACACUAACAGGCCGCCUUUACUUCUAAGCAAAGAUGCUUCUGCUUCACAUCAUCAGAAACAACCGUCCUGGUGGCAUGACGUCACUCAGUAGACUUGACUACACUGAUGUUGUGUUAUUAGACAUCAUCAUUUACAUGAUGCGGGUUUCACCCAGUCAAACCUGUGUAAUUUCUUCUUGUCUCUGAGGAGUCACGCUGUCUACAGCAGAUACUGUAUGUUAUGAUAUUAAACCAAUGAAAUAUUACACACUUA